AUGGUAAAUUGUCUUCUCUCUAAUAAAAUCAAUGCUUUAACUGAUGGCGAAUUCAUGGAAGAAGAAGUUAAUGUAGAGGAUGAUCCUUUGAGAAGUGUAGAAUACAUGUCAAAUGCAGAUACAGUGAUAUAUGAUGGAGACUUUUAUGCAAGACAUGAUCAUGAAGAGGAGAUAACCUUAGACAAAAGCUUCAAAUGGAAUUCAAAAGGGCAACCUAUUGACCCUAACAGAUCAAAAUUUGGACACUUUAUCAAAUUUGUUACUAGAAGCAUUGUGCCAAUUAGUUAUUCUGAUUGGACAAGUGUGUCUGCUAACAUUAAGGAACAUAUAUGGGAUCAAGUAGAGCAAACCUUCAAUGUGAAAGAUGAGCACAAAGAUUUUGUACUUUCAUUGGCUGGACAAGAUCUCCGUGCAUUCCAUACACAGAUGAGGAAAUAUAUUUUGGACAAAUAUGGAAAUUGUCUCUCCCAUCCUCGAGAAAAGUAUCAUAGAUUCAUCACUGUGACUGAUCACUGGAUAGAGUUUGUCAACCAAAGCUGCAUAGAAGAAUUUAAGAAAGAAAGUGAGGCGGAUGCAAUAAAAGCUAAAGGAAUGUUGUACAGAUAUAUGAGGUCAGUUAAAGUAUAUGCUCAGUUAGAGCAAGAAUUGAUUGCUUCAUCUAGGUCUAAUGUGACCUUUGUACCUCAACAUGUCCUAUGGAAGGCUGCUGGCAUGCAGCACCCAAAGGAAGUCCAAAAGGAUGAGUACAUGUACAAUGAAUUUUACAAAAAGACUUUUAAUGAGUUCUUAGAACCACUUUCAUAUACUCACUUCACCGCAGAGGGUGAGGUUGAGUUCAGAAGUAUUCUUUAUUUUCCAGGGAUGGGACCUCUUUAA